AAGAUAUAUAAUUUUAUCUAUAUUUACUCCUCUGUCUCUCUCUAUAUAAAGAUAUAUCUCAAUGUAUAUUCCAUAUGUAUGCUCCAACAUAUAUGAAUUUAAGUAGUUAUAGAUUUGGGCAAUGAAUGGUGUAAAAAACUCAUCUAAUUAUUCAUCAGAUUACAUGAGUACGAAUAAUAAUAUGAAUGGAGGGUUCACUUUUAUGCAAAUGGAGGAGCUCAAAUUACAAGCUCUCAUCUACAAAUACAUAGAAGCUGGAUUGCCUGUUCCUUCACAUCUCAUUCUCCCAAUUUGGAACUCUGUUCUUGCUUCACUCGCAGGCUCAGGAUACGACCGUAAUUUGUAUGACAGCUACAAAAGCAGCAUGGAGGCUGAACCUGGAAGGUGUAAGAGGACCGAUGGGAAGAAAUGGAGGUGUAGCAAAGAAGUUUUUGUUGGUCACAAGUAUUGCGAAAAGCAUUUGCACCGUGGUCGUAGUCGUUCAACAUCAAAGGAUGUGGAAAACAACGACGCCGUUGUUGCUACCACCACCACAACCAAUGUACUAGAUCCAAAGAAAUAUAUGAAUACAAAGAACGAUAUCAGGAAUUAAGUAGCUAGCUAGGAACACUGUAAUGUAUGUCAGUAUUCGGACCAAGUUAAUUAAAGACAUUUUUCUCA